UGUAGACUGUACAUCCCAAACCUCUCAUUACCGAAGUCGCGCUGAUGCUAACGAUGAAGCAAGGACCCAUAAGCCCCUACGUCAUCCAACUAUAUGAGUGGUUCGAGCACCCUCAAGUAUUCACUCUCGUGAUGGAGAAUCCGGAUCCCUGCGAGAGCUUGUUGGACUUCAUCAACAAUAACCCUAACAUGAAUGAGACAACAGCGCGGCUCAUCAUGUGUCAGGCGGUGCAAGCAGUACUGCACUGCAUUGAGCACAGUGUUUUUCAUAAUGAUAUUCAUCCAGAUAAUAUCCUGUUGAGAAAACACACUUUGGAGCUCAAGUUAAUAGACUUUGGCUGUGGUCAUCUACUUAGUAGUAAUGGCUAUAAUCGCAGUCAAUAUAGAGGAAUACAGGCUUACUACCCACCUGAGCUCUUCACCUGUGGCAGAUUCUACGCCACCUCUACAAACGUCUGGGCUCUAGGAGUGUUGUUGUAUGAGAUGGUGAACACGUGUUCUCCAUUUUGCAAUUUAACUGAAAUCACACAAGCCGAAAUUAGGUUUGAAAACCCAGAUUUAUCCAAAGAAUGCCGUGAUCUGAUCGUCCAGUGCCUAAACCGUGAUCCAACUGAACGGCUGACCCUCGAUCAGAUCUUGCAGCAUGACUGGUGUAAAACAGUGGAUCUAGAAGAGUCAGAGGAUUGAAACUGCAUUGGUUUCAGAGUUUAAAAUGUGAUUAGUGAAGGUUGGACACACACCUUCCAGUGAAAAAGCACUAUGAAUACACAUGCUGAUGGAAAUUGGAAACUCAAGCCCUCAUGUGAACCCAUUACUAAAGAAUCAGAGAUCUCGGAGCACCCCGGAAUUCAGAGCCAGUCCACAUCCUUACUGUGCCAUCCGAAAAUGAGCAGCGAUAGCUCUAGACAUCACAGCCA